AUGGCUGAACAGUACGACGUGGUUGUUGUUGGGGCCGGCAUGGCCGGCAUAAUAGCUGCACGCAACCUCUCUGAACGCGGCCUUUCUGUCGCUCUACUCGAAGCGCGGCCCCGUCUCGGCGGACGGACCUACACGGAUUCUGCCUUGGAUGGGACACUUGAACUUGGCGGAGGCUACGUGCACUGGACACAGCCACACAUCUGGACGGAGCUGCAGCGCCACGGCAUGGCAGACUUGCAACCGCCGCUGCCCUCGGAAAGAGUAUACUGGCUUGCUGACGGCAAAGUCCAUUCCGGAACUGAGAGCGAAUGGCUGGCGAUUGCUCAACCACUGGUCGAGCGGCUUUUCGCGGACGCUCGUACGCGAUUUCCGAUGCCCUAUCAGCCGGAUGUGGUUGACAACACGGAUGUUGAAUCGCAAACGCUCCGUGAGCGGAUCGACUCUCUGGGACUGUCGCAGUAUGAACGAGACGUUCUGGAAGGGCCACUGUCGGGUAUGAUUCACUCCUGCAGCAGACACGGCGCAGCGCAGCUUCUGCACGGUGCGGCAACUACGUUCGGCGAUUAUGGCGGAUUGUUAGAGACGGGAGGGUCUUGGGCCUUGCCGCCAGGAGGCACGAAAAAGCUCAUUGAUUCGAUUUUGGCCGAAUGUCCGUCGGCCAAGGUCCACCACUCGUCUGCUGUCAGCGCAAUCACCGACAACGGCUCUCGGGUAACCGUAACUACCCGCGCCGGGACUCAGUUCACGGGCCGCGCUGCUGUCAUUGCCGUUCCCAUCAAUACUAUCCGGGACAUUAAAUUCACGCCGAACCUAACACCAGCCGUUCGCGCCGUGCUCGACAAAGACGACGGAGCCCCAAACCCCGUCAGAGCAUGCAAAGUCUGGGCACGCGUUCGGGGCCACGUAGCUCCCUUCUCCGCCCUCGCACCCGCCGGCAAACACCCCGUCUCCGCAGUGCGUGUCGAAAAGCGCUGGCAAGGGGGCGACACGCUGGUGCUGUGCAUGUGCGCAGACGCCUCUGCAAUCCCGUCCGCUCCCGACGCCCGCCGCGAGGUUGUGGAAGCGGCGCUGAGGGCGUUCGUCCCGAGCAUCGAAGUCGUUGAUACGGCAAGCCAUGACUGGGUAAAGGACGAGUUUUCCCAGGGUGGAUGGAUGAUGCAUAGACCGGGUGGGUUCACGGGAGCGGCGGUGGAGAUGCGCAAGCCCCAUGGGCGGGUGCAGUUUGCGGGGAGUGACAUUGCCGUCAUGGCGGCUGGUGCAAUUGAAGGGGCGAUGGAUAGCGGUGCGGCUGCUGCACGAAAGGUGAUUAAUGCGCUGGCGGAUGAGAAGCUGUAUCAGUCGAAGUGA